AUGUCGAUUCGUCUUUGGUCGUCCACAACAGACUCACUCAACCAACCAUUAAGCUCCUGUCGGCUAGUUUUUGGCGCUCAGCCAAGCGCGAAAAUCGCGUCGUCACGUUACGUGAUCGGCGGUGUGUGUGUGUGUGCGGAACAAGAGGAUCAUGGUGGAGGAGAUUCACUCGGCUGGAUUUCAUCGGUCCAACCGGCCAGUCAGCCUAACCUCAAUGAGUCCAUCACAUGUGAACAUUCCAGUUAUGUACGUAUCGUCGACGUGAGAACAGGAUCCAUGUCACUCACUGUACGAUCAAGUUUGGAGUUUGGUUGA